AAACAAUUGCUAAGUAACCAUAAAACCAACCGAUGGCUUUGAGUGACGUCACAGCCUCGAUCAAGCCAAUAGGCUUCCUCCCAGCUCAUUUUGCCGCGCUGAACAGGACCGGGUGAGCAGGGGUGUGUAUUUGUGUUUACGUACCAGCCGAACUCGACAAUAGACCUGAAUAUCAAUACUGUACAUACUGCAAACUUAUGUCGAUCAUUGCGACGGUUGGCUAGUUCAUCUGAAGUGCGACGACUGUUCCAAAAGCAAAACAACAAGCGACGACUCGUUCACCCAUGUUUCUUUGUGUGUCGUCAGUCAUUCAGUCUGCUGCUGAUCACGGCCCGACCACAUGGAUCCCGACGGAAGUGAAUUGGACUCCAGCCUACCACAGCCGGAGAACCCGUGUCUCAUCGUCGAGGACUCCCAGCCGGACAGCGUCGCCUUGGAAGACGAUCCCGAGACCAGCUACCGAGCGGUCCUGGCCCGGCGUCUAUCCAACCUGCAGCCCAGCGCUUGCAGCCCGGUCCUGGAGCUGAUAUCGUCACCACUCGGAAGUAGAGGCUCUCAGACAGACAGCCAAUCAGAGAGCUGCCCUCGUAACAACCAGGCUGGUCCUGGCAAUCUUACUCUGCACAACCACAGUUCAGGAUGCCAAGAGGAGUAUCUAGAAGAGAGUCAAGUUCUCACCAUUAACCCUCCAAACAAACUAAAGAGUAACAUGCCAAUGGAUUCUGAUGCCACCACACCCUGUGAUCAGUCUGAAGAUGGAGACUCGCAGUUUGGUUUCCUUGCACUUUCUCAGAGUCAGAAUUUAGUUGAUGAAGUUAACAGCCAGAAGGGGGAUGAGGGUGACAAGCCUCGAGCAGUCAGUGAGACACACUCCAAAUUAGAGCACAUCAACACUGUGACCUCACAGGAUCUGAUAUGCAAAGUAGUCAGAUCCGAGGUGAGCUCCAGCAGCCAAUCAAGUCAAGCACUGAAUGUUCAGGUGCUACUGCACUCACAGUGCCUCAAGGACUCUGGUGAGCCAGAACAGCGGGAACAUCAAAUAAUGUCAUCUCAGCAGGACAUGUUUGAUGUGAACAAGACAGGUGCUGCAGUAAACAGUACGGUGUCUGAGCCAGAGCAACAAGGUUCCCCCAGUUCAACACCAGCUCACACCCUGCGGCUCUUGCACCUUUCUGGACAGGAAACACUGGAACAGCCAAGCUUAUCCCAGGGCUCUGUUGAUUAUGUUGCCCCGACCCCAGACAACUUUCCCCACACACCUAUGAUUGUCCCGAACUCACCAACAGGACCCGAGAGCCAACAUGGUGCCGACGAGCCCAUGGAUACCUGGCAGCCUGCAGAAGAGCGAGCUCCUCCAAAGGAGGAAGUGCCAAUGGAAACAGAAGCCUCCUCAAAACCACAACCGCCCACCUCAACUCCGAUAUCCCAGAGUUCUCCUGGUUUUGUGCUAGAGCAGCCUCUCUCUUUACCCACCCAGCCCGAAUUCUCGCACGAUGUAUUUGUCUCAACCCAGAGCCAGGAGACUCCACAACCAUCAAAUAACAAGACUGACACCUUGUCUCUUGAGUUUCCUCGCAAGGAAUCAUCUCCUGCUUUCACAACGCCUUUACAGCUAUCUGUGAACAUGGACGGCGACGACGACAACGACUCUGUCCAGAAGCUGUCAGAAGAGAUCAUGGAGGACACUCAGGCUACACAAAUAGAAGAACUGGGCGAGCAGCCUGGAGCAGAUACUACUGACUCCGUCUUUUCACGCCACGAUCAGACGACCGAGUGCACCGGCGCCCGCACCGAAUCACAAAGUGACCCUAGUUCCAAACAUUGUACUCAGCCGACACCUUUCUUGAAUUCAUCCAACGUGAUUGUGAAAGGAUGUGACCCCGGUCUCAAAGACUCAAGCCUUCCCGUUGAUGUGUCUUGUUCACAAUCCAAGAUUGAAUCUUCAGAUGUGAAUGUCAACAGCUGCAUUCUUGAGACCCCGUCAGACGUGACACCCUGCAGUCUAGAAUCGCAGUCAGUGAUCUCCCAAAUGUCUGUUCUGGAUGUGGCAAAGAGUGACUUGAAUGCAUUACAAAUUGUAGAGAGUCCCUCACAAUUAGAGUCACAGAGCUGUGGAUCCAUGAAUAGUCAAAGGGGCAAAGUUAAAAGUAAUGAACCUGCAGAUAUUGAAGAAGCCGUCUCAGAGGAGGAGGAAGUGGCCAUGGAGGAGGAGAGCACUUUGGGAGAGGGUGCUCCUUCAGGCAUUGCUUUAGUCCUCUCUCAAAGCGAGCUGGUGUCUUCUGGUGACAAGGAUGGUGCAGAUGGGGACGAGAGGAUUGUCACUGUUUCAGAGAGCAGCGGAGACUCACAGGCUCCUCCCAAAUCACCGUCACAGCUUUUAAAAGGCACGAGUUCUGGUUCAAGCCCAGGCAAAGUGUCAAGCUCCACUAAUGGACAUGAGGCCAUGCUGCAAGAAGCAGAGGGACACAGAAACAAGAGCUUUAGUGAUAGCUCAGGAGAAAUGUCCUUCCAUUUCACACUGCCUAAAGAUGGUGAAUUGAUUGGUCCAGUUGUUGGAGCAACUCCUCCUUUAAUCAACCAGUUGAAGGCAAUGCUCAGACACAGCACUCCCAUUGAGACAUUUAAUGACAAGCCAGACGUCGCCGGGGACGUCAGUGCUGAUGCGGUCAUGGCAGCCAAAGACGAUGGUCUGGAAGAAUGUGGAGACGAGUUGGCAGAGAAGGGGGACAGUAGGCUGAGUUUGAGAAUGAAGUUAGUGACCCCAGUUGAAGAGGGAAGCUCGGAACGCUUCAGUCUGCAGAAGCCAGAGGAGGAUGAAUCUGUUGCCAAGGUUACCACUGUCACAAAGGCUGAAACCAGUCCAUCAGUGUUCACUCGUGUUAGGCAAGUGCACAGGCAGCAGGAGGCGGAGGAUGAAGAUAACAACAGUUUCCCUGGAGGACCUAACACACCUGUUAGGGGAGAUCUGUUCACCUCACCACAAAGAAGCUCCCAGACUUCAUCGCUCGGAUGUAACAGCCUGCCUCAUAGCCAGUCUGAGUCUGUACAGCUGCACGUGUUGGCAGUGCCACCGGAGGCUGCAAAAGAAAUAGAAGCUGAGCAACCCCAAGAGAGGCUUGGACCAGAAUUGUCUGCCCCAAACCAGGACACGUCCAAGCACACCUUAGACGACACUAUUGCAGUUCACCCAUCCGAUAAGGCAGCUGCCCAGAAAGCCAGCUCCUGUACAGCUAUGCCGUGCUCGCCAGCUGGCAAGGGCGAACCAGGAACCUCAUCUUUUCGAAGAAGUUCUGGACCCACCCACCGCAGACACGUGCGUACCAUCCAGGAAGUACGGACCACCAUCACCCGGAUCAUUACAGAUGUUUAUUAUGAGGAUGGCAAAGAGGUGGAUCGCAAAGUCACUGAGGAAAACGAGGACCCAGUGGUGGACUGUCAGGUCUUGGAGAAUGACAUUUCCCCAUGCCGCACAAUCAGCAGUUCACUAACCUCUGGUGACCUUGGUGACAUCAGCUCCUUGUCGUCCAAGGCUUCCAGCCUUCAGCAAAGUUCAGGGGGAGCGAGCAGCACUGCCACGGGUCUGUCCAGGCCAGAGUUCAUCAUGCCGCCCAGCCGAAGUGCCAAAUCCGUCAGUCCCAAAAGGGGAGGCGGGCAGAAACAGAGGGGCAGUAAGGGUCAAAAGGCAGGGUCAGUGAUCACAAAGGACAGAGGUACCCCCGAGUCCGAGGCUUUAGUUUCGCACACCCCAAGAGGUCGGGCUAAACGUGGCCGACCCUCGUCCAGGGGAGGAGGUGCUAGCUCACUGCCGCCGCUCAGCGCUCCCGGUCAACCCCAGUCCUCCUCAGAGGACGAACCUUACACACUCCCACCACGCGUCCCGGUCACCCCCACAGACGAUGAAGUCCCUUGCCACUCCAACUCCCUCCAGUCGUCCCCAGAGGAGGCAAGCUCAGCCGGAAGUAGCUUUGUGGGACUGCGAGUGGUGGCCAAGUGGUCGUCCAACGGCUACUUCUACUCUGGCCGCAUUGUCAAAGAUCCCGGGGAGGGGAGAUUCCGCCUGCGAUUUGAUGAUGGCUAUGAGUGUGAAGUGGCGGGAAAAGAUAUCCUGCUGUGUGAUCCCAUUCCACUGGAGACUGAGGUCACUGCUUUGGUGGAAAAUGAGUUCUUCAGUGUAGGUGUGGUGAAGGGUUAUAGAACGGAAGGCCAUGACCUCUUCUACAACGUAGAGCGGGAGGGCCAAGAGCAAUGGUAUAACAGGACAUCAGUCAUCCUCUCCCUGGACCAGGGGAACCGACUGAGGGAGCAUCACAGCCUUGGUCCAUAUGAGCCCUCCACGCCGCUGGCCAAGGCCUCUGACAUCAGCCUUGAUAAUUUGGUGGAAGGCAAAAGGCGCCGCAGAGGAGCCCCUGCGGGAUCAAACACUCCGAACCACAGUUCCUCCAGCAGCCCGCGAAACCCAGGCCCCUCCACUAAGAGAAGGCUUCGGACCUUGGAUAACGAGCCCUCGCCGGCCAAAAGAAGCCGCAGGGCUGCUGGUGCCAGAGCCGCUCAGCGAGUCGGUGUGUGCAACACAUCCGGCAGCGGCACAGAUCUUGCCGCACAGCCGUGCGAUCCGGCCGAGACUCACGGCCCAAUGCCCCAGAACACGUCUCUCUUCAUGGGCUUCGCCUUCAUGCUGACGGCCUCGUCCGAGAGGGACCGACUGAACAAUAAGCUCACUAUUGAGGAGGAAGAGGAGGAGGAGGAGGAUUAUGUGCAGACCGGCCCGUUUAACAAGGCAUACACCGAGUCGCAGCUCCUGGCAGGUGGAGGCUUUGUCCUGCCAGACUUCAAUGAAGAACAGUGCAAGGCAGCCUACCAGAGUCUUCUCAUCGUAGACCAACACUGCCGUACCAGGAAGUAUUUGUUGUGCUUGGCCAGCGGUGUGCCAUGUGUCUCACAUUUUUGGGUGCGAGAUUGCUGCAAAGACAACAAACUGCUCAACUACAGGAACUACCUGCUGCCUGCUGGUUUGGGACCAAAUGAUGCCAUCGUGGAAUGGCAUCCCCGCUGCAGUCCCUUUAAGGACCUGCAUUUUUUCUUGGUGUUUGAGAAGCCAGUGGAACUUUGGGCCCAGCUCGUCACCAUGGGUGGCGCUUCUUCUGUCCGACAUUUCCAUUCCGACAAGGAUGGCUCCGACGUCCCUGCUGGCAAGUAUGAUGUUGUGGUGUCAGACCAUUCCUGCCCUCCACUCCUCGAGAAAAAUGUGACAUCACUUCAAGUCCCGCUGGUGUCGCCUGAGUGGCUUAUCCAGAGUGUCAUCUGUGGGGAGCGCCUUGGUUUCCAGACCAAGCCUCAAUAUCACCACAAUUACUCCUCCUUGACGUCGCCAUCAUCAUCAUCAUCAUCGUCAUAAUAUACAUGGAAACUGCCUUCAACCCAAUUCACUCUUCAGCAUUUGUUCUAUUGCAUGCCUCUACUGUACAUAACUUCAUUGUGUGUUUUUAUGGAAUAAAUGUCAGCCUCGUUUCACUUUAA